AUGCAGUGGGCGGCGGCAGCAGCAGCAGCUUCAUGCCUGGCGGCAGCGGAGGAGUGGAUUCACAGGAGAGCGAUAAGGAGGAAGAUGGCAAAUCUCUAUGCUCUCUCUCAGCAUCCAGUAGGAGGGAGCCCCACCAAGACAGGGGAGUUCGUUCGGUUGACUCUGCAAGACCUGGGGUACGAAUACAGGACGUAUGCAAAUUCAAACCCUUCACCUGACAGCGCAUCUGACUUUCCUCGUGUUCUCUUCUCCACUCGACUUGUUGCUGUAGACGAUGGAUCUCCCUUCACUUUCCAGGGAGAAGAGCACUACGAGGUGCUCGCAAGCUUUGUCAGGGAAUAUGUCCUCAACCUGCUGUUGCGGCAGGGGAUGAAGGAGCUGAAGCCGGAAAGAGCUUGUCUCUUGCUUUCAGACAGACAGAGGAGCGUUGGCGCUAUGAUUCCAAAGGUUCUAGUCACAGAUGACUUAGAGACUGCCGAAGUCAUGGUCGUCAUCGUGCAUAAAUCAGGUUCAGCACGUACAGGCCAAUGGUCUCGUAGGGCAUGCAUCAAUGGCAGCCUGGAGGAAGGCAGUGUUGCUCCUUACAUGGAGCGCAUCAGAGAAAGGAAGUGGGCUGCUAUCCUUCUGGACCCAGCCUCAUGCGAGAACGAUCCGAUGCCGGACGACGUGGCCUCUAGCGAGCACGUGCUCUGUGCGUGGGACCACGUGAUUCAGAAGGAGGGUGCAAAACAAAUCUUCUUCAUCGGCCAUGGUCUCGGCGGGAAGAGUGUUCUGACUUUGCUCCAGCACCGACAAGAGUCCAUGAUAGAACGAUGUGCGGGCAUUGCACUGAUCGACGGGGCACACACAGGUACUUGGUAUCCCUUCAAUGUACAGGAGCAGUUGAAAGCCUUUCUUGCUGGGCGAUGCCGCAACUGGGUGAGAAGUGACAAACCGUUGGGAGCCAUCUUGUCAAAAGAUGAUGACAUAUUCGGAAGAGGCGUGCGUCCACUCACGGAAGACGAUCCGAUCUGCUUGACUAGCUCUGGUACUUCAGAACAGAAUAGGGUCGCGAUCAUGGCCAUGGAAGGUGUUUUCAAGUUUUUCGACAACCUGCAUGAUAGGAGAGUAUAUGUCUGA